UCCCGCAAAGAUAAUUACAGGCCAAAUCUGAUCCGCUGAAUGACAUGGACCGGAAUGAGCUCUCGCCCGGUUCGGAUGUUGCCAUGACGAAGAAAGCGGCCCAUAAGAGCGCGCCUCCGUAUCACUGCGCCGGGAAAAGCACCGCUAAGAGUUGCCUGGAGUCCAACUCGGAUGCCGCCUCCGGCUCGAACCCGAAACCCAAUCACGUCGCCACGGAGGAGACGGAAGAUGGGGAGGAGGAAUCCAAGUUUCAGCAUCCGAGACUGAGGAGAGCAGGUGGAGGAGGGAGCGCGCAGCAGAUUAGAGGAGGAGGAGGAGGAGGAGGAAGAGGAGGAGGCGCGUCUAGGAGCUCCACUUCCACUGAUGCGCGCCCGGGUGAUGCUGCUUCUGCUGCGGGGCGCCACGACACCGUUAAGGGCGGAGGAGGAGGAGGCAAAGCGUCUACCGUAGUGGCCACCGUGACGGUAGAGCCUUGUAAUGCUGCCGAAGGCGACGGCAAUCCCUCAGCACCGCUUUCCAGCAUGAAAUGCAACAAGAACGGGGAGUGCAGGCGGGACUCCGGCACCGGGAGCCUCCGGUCCAUCAUGUCCAAGACGGACGGGUUUAAGCGGACAGCGUGCAAUUCAACGACCAGCGUUGACGGAACCAGCACGCAGGGGCAGGACGCCUCGAACAACCCCGGCUUCCCGGAGAAGAAGGAUUCCAAAGUGUCCUUUUCCAACACUCCCAGCAGGAAAGCCUCGUCGUCGAUCCACGGCGCACAGCAGCCCCGGAACUCGGUGACGUUCCUCAAAUCCGAGGAUGGCGGUCAGGAGGACACCGAGACCCGGGACAGCCGGGACAGCCAGACGAGCUUCAUGCAGAGGCAGUUCAGUAGCAUGUUGCAGCCCGGGGUCAAUAAAUUCUCCCUGCGCAUGUACGGGAGCCAGAAGGCGGUGGAGAAGGAGCAGGAGCGCGUGAAAUCGGCGGGAAACUGGAUCAUUCACCCCUACAGCGACUUCAGGUUCUACUGGGAUUUCACCAUGCUUCUCUUCAUGGUGGGCAACCUGAUCAUUAUUCCUGUGGGCAUCACCUUCUUCAAAGAAGAGACCACCACUCCGUGGAUCAUCUUCAACGUGAUCUCCGACACCUUCUUCCUCAUGGACCUGGUGCUCAACUUCCGCACGGGCAUCAUCAUCGAGGACAAUUCCGACAUUAUCCUGGACCCCAAGACCAUCAAGAAGAAGUACCUGAAGACCUGGUUUGUGGUGGACUUUGUCUCUUCCAUUCCGGUGGAUUAUAUCUUCCUGAUUGUGGAGCAGGGCAUAGACUCAGAGGUGUACAAGACGGCGCGAGCCCUGAGGAUUGUGCGUUUCACUAAGAUCCUGAGCUUGCUGAGGCUGCUGCGUCUCUCUCGGCUGAUCCGCUACAUUCACCAGUGGGAAGAGAUCUUCCACAUGACGUAUGACCUGGCGAGCGCAGUGAUGCGCAUCAUUAACCUGAUAGCGAUGAUGUUGUUGCUGUGCCACUGGGACGGGUGCCUGCAGUUUCUGGUGCCAAUGCUGCAAGACUUCCCAUCAGACUGCUGGGUCUCCCUCAACAAGAUGGUGAAUGACACGUGGAGUGAGCUGUACUCGUUUGCUGUGUUUAAAGCCAUGAGUCACAUGUUGUGUAUUGGUUAUGGUCGUCAAGCUCCGGAGAGUCUCUCUGAUAUCUGGCUGACGAUGCUCAGCAUGAUUGUUGGUGCCACCUGCUAUGCCGUCUUCAUCGGACACGCCACGGCCCUCAUCCAAUCACUGGACUCCUCACGACGCCAGUACCAGGAAAAGUACAAGCAAGUGGAGCAGUACAUGUCCUUCCACAAACUCCCGUCAGAUUUCCGACAGAAAAUCCACGAUUACUAUGAGCACCGUUACCAGGGCAAGAUGUUUGAUGAAGAGAGCAUCCUAGAGGAACUGAACGAGCCGCUCAGAGAGGAAAUCGUGAACUUCAACUGCCGUAAGCUGGUGGCCUCUAUGCCCCUGUUCGCCAACGCCGAACCCAACUUCGUGACAGCCAUGCUGACGAAGCUCCGUUUCGAGGUCUUCCAACCGGUCGAUUACAUCAUCCGUGAGGGAACCAUCGGCAAGAAGAUGUACUUCAUUCAACACGGCGUCGUGACAGUGAUAACCAAAGGAACUGUGGGGCUGAAACUUUCUGACGGCUCCUACUUCGGAGAGAUCUGUCUGCUGACGCGGGGUCGGCGUACGGCAAGCGUGCGAGCGGAGACCUACUGUCGCCUGUAUUCUCUCUCCGUGGACAAUUUUAAUGAGGUAUUGGAGGAGUAUCCCAUGAUGAGGAGGGCCUUUGAGACCGUGGCCAUCGACCGACUGGACCGCUUAGGAAAAAAGAAUUCCAUCCUAAUGAACAAAGUGCAGCACGACUUAAACUCCGGCAUCUUAAACAACCAUGAGAACGAGAUGAUCCAAGAGAUCGUGAAGUACGACCGAGAGAUGGUGAAGCUGAUCGAUCAGCAGCGCCCGCGUGCCAUGUCCAUGACGCCCUCCAUCCCGCCAGGGAUGUUUGCUCCGCCUGGCCAUCCACAGGGCAGCUCUGCCAUCGCCUCUCUUCAGCAAGCUGUAGCGAUGAGCUUCUGUCCGCAGUUCGGUGGCCCUAUGGUGGGUCCGAGCACCUUGCAGUCGCCCAGGAUGGUCCGACGGUUCCAGGUUGUGCAAAGCCUUGCCAGCCCGGUUUCGGCUUCUCCUCAACAGUCUCUCCCGCCGCUUGGCGCGUUCGCUGCCGUUGCGAUGGCCAGUCCGCCGGUGCAGAGUCCGCUAGCAGCGGCAGGCGGGCGAACUUUCCAGUACGGGAGUGGCCCGAUGGGUGCGCGCUCCGGAUCUCAAUUGUCCCUCAUCCAACAGCAUGCUCCCAGUCCCACACGGCCCAAAGGAUCCCAACCGUCGCACCAAACAGGCAGCUUGACCCAGGAUGAUAGAGCCCUGUCUGCUUCACAACCCUCCCUGCCACAAGAUGGCGCCCCACCCGUCGUGCCCAGCCCGCCACCGUCGACCCGCGUGUCCUCAACAUCGAUCGGCCCACCUCAUCCCGCCAUCCCGGGGCCUUCCGGUGUCCGGAGCGCAUUGCAUCAGAGAAUGGCACUGCCACACCAGGCGUCAGCAGCCGUGUCUGGGAUUUACCCGUCCACAGCGCCUCCUACAGGCACUCCCCCCGUAACGGGACCGGACUCGGCUAUACGCAAGAAAGAUUCCAUAGUCAGCCUUCCCGAGACGGACUUCACAGCCAGAUCCCGGCUCUCGUCCAACCUCUGACGAGGACUCUGAGACUCUUUGCAAUACUUUUUUGUGAGUCAAAGUUAGUUAUUUUUGCUCGAGUACCGCGCUCGUAGGAUGGCUUUUCAUAGGAACCAAAGGGACAGACUUAAGGUGCGGUCACAUUUACCAUUGCUCUGGGGAAAUUUCAAGGGGCGAAAUUUAUAUUUAUGCAUCUAGCAGAUGCUUUUAUCCAAAGCGA